GGCUGCCGCGGUGCAUGCUGGGAGACUUGAGGCUGUCCAGCAGCACAAGCUAGCAGCAGUAGCCGGCUCACAACCUUCACUUUGGGCUCACUUUCAGCCUCCUAGACCAUCUCACCUUCUUCCAUCGGGCCUCCUGUGGGCUGUACGCCCCUUCACCGAGUCAUGGAAGCUUGUGGUCAGCGUGUCAAGGUGUAGCAGGACGACUCGCAGAGCGACGCCACCAUGGAGCCCGACGUCAUCCGCAUGUACUCGUCGUCUCCACCCCCGAUGGAGGACGCCGAGGAAGAGGACGACGAGUUUGGAGACUUCGGCACCUUCUCUGCCGUGUCGACCAGUGUCAGCUUCACCGACUUGGACACGCCUACUUCCUUUAACCAGACUCAGGCGCUGACCGCCACUUCACCGCCGGAGCUUCUCAAUGGAGGAGGGGUGUUGGGAGUCUUUCACAAUGGACCCCCCACUGAUUCCAAGGCCAACGGCGUGGCUCCCGGAGGUCACAGGGUCAUCAGAACCGCAGACUGGACUGACAUGAAGAGAGCAGAUUCUCAUGUCAAUGGUGGGGACGCAGAGGUCCUAACAAACGGGUUUGCAAGCUCAGACAUUCAGGGAAGUCCCCAAAGUUCUGUCCACUGUCCCGCCAGCGAGGAUGCAGGAAGUGUUGACAGUCUGGAGGCAGAGUUUGCCGACUUUGCUGCUUUCUCGGAUGCAAAGCACGGUCCCGAGAACUUGGAUGUCUGCCCCUCAGAGGACCUUGUCAGGGACGCACACAGAACUGGAGCCACCUCGCCCGAGUCCUUGUCUCUUCCCGCUGAGGAAGCAUGUGACACGGAGCUGGAUGUGACACCAAGGGACGCAGACUUUGCACAUGAGCACAUCGCCUACACUUGCACAAAGCCGCCUCUCUCGCUCAACGGGGAGUCCAACGAUGGCGGCAACGACGACUCCCCACACACGGCUGACAACCUCGAGGGAGGGCCGUCAGAUGAGAGGAGCUCAGAGGUCGAAACGGAAACGGAGACCUCAUUGGGUCGGCCGCUGUCGACAGACGCUCUUGAGGAGUAUGGAAAUAUGAGCACGACGGGCUCUGCGCCCUGCCCACCGCUUCAGGAAGAGACAUCCACGCCAGCCGACUACAGCCAGCUGGCCGAGGAUGAGGAAGAUGAUGAAUUUGGAGAUUUUGGAGACGCAGGAGCCUCAUUGAAGCAGUUUGACCCACCUGAACACCACCAUGAGCAGCAGCAGCAGCCCCAGAGCUCUGCCCCCUCAGUUUCCUGUGAGGCAGCAGAGCUCGAUGACGAAUUCGGGGACUUCAACUCUCCUAAAUUUGACACCGAAGUCGCAGGGGAGGGAGGAGCCUCCUUUGCUGAUUUUUCUACCAGCAGCAGCUUUGGCAACUUUAGCUCUGCCGCCGAUGCCGGCUGGAGUGCCUUCGGGGAGGCAGAGCAUGUUAUGGUGCCUGAGGAGGAGGAGGAGGAAGUGGCGGUGACCUCGGGUGAGUCGUCGUGGGCUGCGUUCAGCUCAGACAACACUGCCCCUCCUGCGGGGGAUACUGAGGGGGCGUGGCACCAAGCGGAACCUUCUUCCUGCGAGCAGCUGAGCAGCAGACAGACGGAGGCGCUGUGGAGUCGGCUGGAGAAAUUGUUUGAGAGCAGCUUCCCCCGGGCUGCCGCGCCUCCUGUGGAGGACGAGGUUGUUUCGCUGAAAGUCCUGCUGGGGCCGCGAGAGGACGAAGACCGGCCCGGAGCGCAGGAGGUCAUGAGGGCGCUGCAUGGCGGUGUGUGGACACAACUUGAAGACAUCCAUGAGGCCAUCGGUCUGAGACAUCAGUGGGGGGGCUCGUACUGCAACAAAACACUGCUGUGCUGCCUGGGCAUCGACACGCGCAACAUUCUGUUCACAGGACAAAAGAAGCAGCCGGUCAUCGUGCCCAUGUACGCUGCCAGCCUGGGGAUGUUGGAACCCACCAAAGAACCGGUGAAGCCCAUCUCGGCAGCAGAGAUGAUUGCCUCCAUUGCACAAGCACCACCAGCAGCAGCAGCAGCUCCUCCAAAGACAAACCUCUGUACCUCAGACACAGUCCAGGAGGCACUCCCCCCUGUCCAGUUCGACUGGAGCAGCAGUGGCCUUACUAACCCUUUGGACGCCAGUGGAGGCUCGUUUCUCUUAAACCUGGACUUCUUUGGUCCCGUGGACGAUUCGGGCUCCACCUGCUCGCCCUCCAUCCCAGGUGUCGACCCCGAGCUCUUUGAGCUGACCACCGCCAAGAUGGACUCCGGUGGUGCCAGCAGCCGCGUGGUGGACGCCUUCGCCCGCUUGAUGUCCACCAUGGAGAAGACCAGCACCUCCACCAGGAAGCCGAGGAAAGACGAGAACCUGAGCGAGGAGGCAGCCAAGGUCAUUGCCGGCCUCCCCGACCUCUCCUUCAUGCAGGCGAAGGUACUGAUGUUUCCCACCACGCUCACACCGCUGGCCUCUCAAGCCACGCCCGAUUGAAGCCCCGCCCUCUGUGGAAGCCACACCAACCUAUUCCUGCUGACGCAUCAGCAUUUUUUUUUUGAUUAAUUCCCGUCACACUUUUAUUUUGGAAGUUGCUCUUUUCCGCUCUACUUUUCCUUCAAAGCAUUUAUCAUAACGGCAAAGCAGGAAGUGACAUCACUUCGAGGCGUUUUCCUUCUAGCUGAGUGACGGUGUACAUAAUCAGGGAAGUUAAUUUAGACUGUGAAGCAUCAAUACAUCGAUCCGAUCUAUUUAUAGACUUUAGCUGCAGCUUGAAUGUUUCCAACUUCAGUCCACAUGCACACGCCUCGUGCAACAGCAGCAGCAGCAGCAGCAGCUGGUGGGAAAGCCACGCCUCCGUCCUGGUGUGUGUUUUUGUCUGUGUUCUUUGUGUGUGUUGGGGUUGG